AUAGUGUCUUCUUAUGCACAGCCACAGUUAGUGACAUCUCAUGCACUACCACAGAUAGUGUCUUCUCAUGCACUACCAUAAAUAGUGUCUUCUCAUGCACUACCACAGAUAGUGAUGUCUCAUGCACUACCACAGAUAGUGUCUUCUCAUGCACUACCAUAAAUAGUGUCUUCUCAUGCACUACCACAGAUAGUGUCAUCUCAUGCACUACCACAGAUAGUGUCUUCUCAUGCACUACCACAGAUAGUGACAGACUCAUGCACUACCACAGAUAG